CAGCAACUUGAGAUGGGGAUCUGAGUGCUAGGAAGCUAUGGGGCCAGAGGAGGAGGAGAGAAGCAGGGGCAGACAUAGAUAUCUGAGGCUUCAUGGAAGAGAGACUGGACUGGAAAGCCAGAAGAGGGCAAGAAAGAAGGCUGAGUAGAGGCCAGGACAUAUGAGGAAGGGCUCCCCAAACAUUGUUUCACUCCUUUAGGAAGUCUUCCUGGUUUCAUUCCCUCAGAUUUGCGAGAACAUUUUUUUUUGGGGGGGGGAGGGCUGGGACUCAUUUCCCCUAAGGGUGGGGAAUGCAGGGUUCAGGCUGGACCUAUUCAUCCACAAACAGGACCAACCAAUGAUGUAGACAGAUGGGGUGAGGUCUGCCACUAGAUCUCACUGGAGGACCCUGGCACCUCCCACUAGGUCUGGCUCCCUUCCCUGCCCAGGAAGCUAAGCCAUCAUUCCUGUCUGACUCGUCUGACCCAGGAGGCACCCAUGCAGGGGCUGGGUCCUGCUGCUCCAGUGUCCUCCCUGGGGUGUAGUGGGCACCAUGGGCACCUCCUGGGCUUUGCCCCUCUUCCUACUCCUAGGCUCUGGAGUCCAGAUCCUUCCUCUCGGAUCUACCUUGGGGCUUCAGCAAACCUCUGUCUCCUUAGAUGCUGUCAACUCCUCUCAGAGCCUGGGGUUGAAAGUUCCCUCCAUCCGAUCCCCAAGCCCGAACUCAGAUCAGUCUGUAGGUUCCCAACCAGCUCAUGAAAUCUCUGGUUCUACGGCUCUUCCUGAAUCCCUAAAUGGAAAAGAUGAGCCCGGGUCCCUGUGGCCACAUGCUUCCACGGAGAGAGGAACGUCCAUCCAGGAUCCUACCUUCUCAGAGCUCUCUGGCUCUAACGUGUUUUCUGACAUCUUGGAUGCUCAAAUUCCUGUCCAAAAUGCCACACCUCUCUUCUCCCCGAAGACCCCGGCUUCCAAUAUUUCUGCUCAAGAUACCAAAGCAUUGGUCAGUGCUCCUGGUUUGAAACUCCCCACCAAGAGUCAGGACCUUGAACUUUCUGCCUACAGCCCUGAACUCAAAGUUUCUUUAGAAACCCAUCCAGCGGAAAGCUUCCCCCAGCAGGUGGGGGGCCCUCUUGCCGUGCUUGUGGGGACCACCAUUCGCCUCCCCCUGGCUCCAGUCCCCAAUCUUGGCCCCCCGGCCCCCCUCGUGGUCUGGCGACAGGGCUCCAAGGUGCUGGCAGCUGGGGGCCUGGGCCCCGGGGCCCCUCUGCUUAGCCUGGACCCUGCUCAUCGGGACCGCCUGCGCUUUGAUCAGGCGAGAGGGGGGCUGGAACUUGCUUCUGCACAGAUGGAAGACACAGGGCUCUACACUGUGGAGGUCAUUCGGGGCGGGGUCUCUCGGCAGGUUCAGGAGUUCACAGUGGAUGUGUAUGAGCCUCUCCCCCAGCUGUCGGUGCAGCCCAAGGCCCCAGAGACAGAAGAGGGGGCCGCCGAGCUCCGGUUGCGUUGCGUGGGGUGGAAGCCGGGUCGCGGGAAGCUGAGCUGGAGCCGGGACGGCCGCGCCCUGGAGGCUGCAGAUCCCGAAGGCAGCGCCUCGCAGCCCCGAAUCCGCGCAGAGGGCGACCAGCUGCGCAUCGCGCGCCCUGGGCGCGGGGACCAGGCCCGGUACACCUGCAGCGUCCGCAGCCCCUUCGGCCACCGCGAGGCCGCGGCCCUCGUCAGCGUCUUCUAUGGCCCAGACCCGCCCGUUAUCACUGUCUCUUCCGACCGCGACGCCUCCCCGGCCCAUUUCGUGUCCGCGGGCACCGACGUGACCUUGCGCUGCGCCGCCGCCUCGCGGCCGCCCGCCGACAUCGCCUGGAGCUUGGCGGACCCCGCGGAGGCGGCGGUGCCAGCCGGGCCUCGCCUCCUGCUGCCCGCCGUGGGGCCGGGCCACGCGGGCGCCUACGCCUGCAUCGCCUCGAACCCGCGCACCGGCCGCCGCCGCCGCUCGGUGUUCAACCUCACGGUGGCGGCGCUUCCCCCGGGGUCCCCACAGUGUUCAGUGGAAGGCGGUCCUGCGGAUCUCAGCCUCCGUUUUCGCUGUUCGUGGCCUGGCGGGGUCCCGGCUGCCUCCCUGCAGUUCCAGGGUCUUCCCGAAGGCCUUCGUGCAGGGCCGGCUUCCUCGACUCUCCUGGUGGCCGUCCCCGCCCACCCGCGGCUUAGCGGCAUGACCAUUACCUGCCUGGCCCGACACCUCGCAGCCACGCGCACCUGCACUGUCACCCCAGAGGCCCCCCAGGAGGUGCUGCUACAUCCCCUGGUGGCAGAGACCAGGUCAGGGGAGACAGAAGUGGUACUGGAGGCCUCUGGCUGUCCCCCACCCUCACGAGCAGUCUGGGCUCGGGAAGGCAGACCCCUGGCUCCAGGAGGAGGGGGACGCCUGCGGCUCAGCCAGGAUGGGCGCAAGCUCUUCAUCAGCAACUUCAGCCUUGACUGGGACCUGGGGAACUACUCUGUGCUGUGCAGCGGAGCACUGGGUGCUGGGGGCAACCAGAUCACACUUGCUGGACCCUCCAUCUCCUCGUGGAAACUACAAAGAGCCCGCAAUGCAGCCGUGCUGACUUGGGAUGUGGAACGCGGGGCCCUGAUCAGUGGCUUCGAGAUCCAGGCAUGGACACAGAGAUCUGACCUGAGCAGAGUCACCAACUACAGAGACUGGGUCACCCUGCUUUUUCUGGGACCUGGAGAACGGUCUGCUGUGGUGCCACUCUCUCCUGGGAAUCCCAGGACCUGGGUCUUGCGGAUCCUGCCAGUCCUGGGAGCUCAUCCUGGGACUCCAUCCCAAAGCCGGGUCUACCAGACAGGCCCCACUCUGAGCCCUGGAGCCAUCGCUGGCAUCAUCCUGGGAUCCCUACUAGGCUUGGCGCUAUUGGUCGGGCUCAUUGUCCUGUGUAUCUGCUGCCUGCGGCACUCCCGGGGAAAGGCUCCUACAGGAAAGCAGGGGCCCCUGAACUUUGCACCUAUGAUCACCCCACCAAGAAAGACCACGCAGAAGAGUGUGACCCCAGUACAGACUCCACAGCCACUGCCUAUCAAAUUCCCACUGAAGGACCCCAGUCCAGACAGAGACCACCAACUCAUCAGCCCCCAUCCAGUCAUCUGUCCAGGUGGAGGCUCACGGACUGUUCGGACAGCCACGCAGGUGUGAUCAGAGCUGGUGGCCAGCUCUGUAUGGUAUCUGUUGCCCCAGCAGCAUGGAGGGACUGCAAUCACUUAGGGGAGAAGCGCUCUCUCUCUCUCUCUCUCUC